CUGUACUACUGUUUCUUCCAAAGUCAAAUCGAUUUUUUUAAGUGCUUCAUUAGAGAGAUUCUUAGCUCGAGAAACCAAGCAAUGAGUAUGUUUCAAGCCACGGACCCCACAUGCAUAUGCCAUUGCUGCCAUUAAUGAUGAUCAUAACAACCCAUUUUCUUAAUGCUGCAUUUUUUUUCUAUUAAACCAUACAGUGAGUCAUUUUUGUAGUUUUUCUCAUCUGGGUAUGAGUUGUUUUUGGCUCUUGUGUCUUGUUUAGGUAAUGGGUUGGUUUUGAAUUUUGAAAGUUUAAUUUUUGUUAUGUGGGUUGUUGACCUAAACUAGGUGGAUGGGAUAAGGAACCAUUUGGGUUUGAUUUUGUGGUGGUGGCUGCUAUUGGAGUGGUUCUGGUUCUAGGGUUUUUUUUCUGGUGGGGGAUUUGGCUCUUUUGGUUUGGUGGGUUGCUGGGAAUUUUGAUAAAGGUUUGGAAGGAGCUGCAUUGUGAAUCAAUUUCAAGGCUGAAAUUUGAGGGGAAUUGCUUCUUGAAUUGUUAGUGUUGGAAGCUUCAUUUGGUGCUGGUUAGGGAUUUCAGCUUGAUACAGUGUUUCAGAAGGGUUUUGGAUCCGUUCUUGACUUGGUUUCUGUUAUUGAGUUGUUGUUGUUGUUGUUGUUGUUGUUGUUAUCUUUUUGGGAUUUGACUAGAUGGCUUGCGUGAAAUUGGGUUCCAAAGCUGAUGCGUUCCACCGUCAAGGGCAGGCCUGGUUCUGCACAACCGGGCUACCUAGUGAUAUAGUUGUUGAAGUUGGUGAGAUGUCCUUCCAUCUUCACAAGUUUCCCUUGCUCUCUAAAAGUGGGGUUAUGGAAAAACUGAUUGCUGAAGCUUCUGAGUCAGAGGAAGAAUGUGCCAUCCACCUUCCUGAUAUUCCUGGCGGGGCGAAAACAUUUGAACUUGUGGCAAAAUUCUGCUACGGUGUGAAACUUGAACUUACUGCGUCCAAUGUUGUGCACCUCUGGUGUGCUGCUGAGCACCUUGAAAUGACUGAGGAAAAUGGUGAAGGUAAUCUAAUUUCACAGGCCGAAACCUUCUUCAGUCAGGUGGUUCUCCGAAGUUGGAAAGACUCUCUGAGGUCACUUCAAACCUGUGAUGAUGUUCUGCCUGAUGCGGAAAAGCUCCACAUUGUGAAAAGGUGCAUUGAAUCACUUGCUGCAAAGGCAUCUACUGACCCAAAUUUAUUCGGGUGGCCAGUACUGGAACGUGGUGGGCCUUUGCAGAGCCCUGGCGGAAGUGUCUUGUGGAACGGAAUAAGUACUGGGGCAAGACCAAAGAAUUCAAGUGCAGAUUGGUGGUAUGAGGAUGUAACAAAUUUGAGUUUACCUAUUUAUAAGAGGUUGAUAGCUGUUAUGGAAUCUCGAGGAAUUCGGCAGGAGAUCAUUGCUGGUUCUCUUGCUUUCUAUGCUAAAAUGUAUCUACCAGGGUUGAAUAGACGCCAGGUUUCUGGUGAGUCCAGCACCCGUCUGACACAGAUGGCUUUGGGGUCUCCACCGUGUGAAGAAGACCAGAAGAUUCUACUGGAAGAGAUUAACCGGUUACUCCCAUUGCAGAAGGGCCUGGUCCAAACAAAGUUCCUCUUUGGUCUACUUCGAACAGCCAUGAUUCUACGAGUGGACUCCUCUUGCAUAUCAGAUUUGGAGAAACGUAUUGGGAUGCAGCUUGAUCAAGCUAAUCUGGAAGAUCUCUUGAUGCCAACUUUCUCAUACUCAAUGGAGACACUUUACAAUGUUGACUGUGUGCAAAGAAUUCUUGAGAAUUUCCUUGCCAUGGAUCAGGCUACAGGUGCUGCCUCUCCAUGCUCAAUUGAUGAUGGCGAGUUGAUGGGAUCGCCUUCAUUAACGCCAAUCACCAUGGUAGCCAAGCUGAUCGAUGGUUACCUGGCAGAAGUUGCCCCAGAUGUUAACUUAAAACUUCCCAAGUUUCAUGCCCUUGCUGCUGCUGUUCCUGAGUAUGCCAGGCCUUUAGAUGAUGGUUUAUAUCGCGCUAUAGAUAUUUUUUUGAAGUCUCACCCGUGGUUAGUGGAGUCUGAGAGAGAGCAACUGUGCAGGCUGAUGGACUGCCAGAAGCUCUCACUAGAAGCAUGCACGCAUGCUGCGCAGAACGAGAGGCUACCCAUUAGAAUAAUAGUUCAAGUUCUAUUCUUCGAGCAGCUCCAGCUCCGGACUUCAAUCGCUGGUUGCUUCCUGGUUUCAGAUAAUCUCGAUGGAUCGAGACAGCUAAGAAGUGGUUUUGUCGGGUCCAACGAGGGUGGCGGCGGCUGGGCGUCCGCGGUGAAGGAAAAUCAGGUUUUGAAAGUGGGAAUGGAUAACAUGAGGAUGAGGGUGUCAGAGCUUGAGAAAGAGUGCUCAACCAUGAGGCAGGAGAUUGAGAAACUGGGUCGUUCAACAAAGGGAUCAUCAUCGAGCACUUGGGGAGCUGUGUCCAAGAAGCUCGGGUUUAAGAUGAAGUCUCAGAUGUGCAGUGCUCAAGAAGGAUCCGUUAGCAACCAGAACAAUGGAAGUAAUAAGGUUGUGAAGUUGAAGGAGAGACAAGUUAAGCACCAGAGAAGUUCUUCCAUUAGUGAUAAAGCUUCACUCUCUUCAAUUGUUCUUUCUUAGUGUCUGCAUUUUCAUUUAUUUACUGAAGUUAUUUUUUUCUUUCUUAUUUCUCUUAUGUUACUAUGUCAUAUUGGUUAAACAGUUUCUUUGCCUCUGCAUGUCAAGAAAGUGUAGAUGGAAACAAAGGUCCUCUGUAGUUGCAAGUGUAAACCUUAGCUUUAGUUUCUUCUUCUCUUCCCACUGCUUGUAUGCACAUUACACUUCCUCCUGCUUAUUCAAAAUAUUCAUAUGUUUGAAAUUUUAAAA